CGAAUCGCCAGGAACAGUAUACGACUGAAGAGCCACCAAAAAUCAAGAGCUAAAUAAUGGGUGGACAGAAAGGAGCCAUCUUUGCAGCUUUGGCGCUGCUAAUUGUGUGCGCUGCUCCGGCGAAGGCGGAGGUGAAUGUGACCGCCUUGUGCCUGCUGGUCAGCAGCGGCAACUAUGUGGCCAGCCAGACGGACUGCAGCACGUACUACCAGUGCCAGGGAUCCACGUACACGACCAUGUCCUGUCCCACGGGCUACUACUUCGACAAGAAUGCCCAGCAGUGCACCGGAUCGGUGCCGGCCACCUGCACCAGCAGCAGCAGUCCCUGUUUGGGCAAGGCGGUGGGUUCCUUUGCGGCCUCCAGUUCCUCCUGCGGUGGCUACUACUACUGCGGAGCCAAUGGCGCCGUCAAGGGAAGCUGUCCGGCCGGGGAGAACUUCAAUCCCACCACGAUGGCCUGUGUGUAUGCCAACCAAUAUCCCUGCACCGAUCCCUCAUCCUCGAGUAGCAGCGACAGCCUCAGCGGCAGUGGAACUGUUUCCCAGACCCUCAACCUGUGCAACCUGAUCCGCGAUGGUCUCUACUUCGGCAGCCCGACCAACUGCAGCAACUGGAACUACUGCCAGGAUAAUGUGUUGCACUCGGGACCCUGCAAGUCUGGACUGGUGUUCAAUGUGAAGGCGGUUAACUGUGGCUAUCAGACGGUCUCUUCCUGUUCGCAGGUGACCAACGAUCCCUCCCUGACCGGAACUCCCAUCGCUACCACUUGCUCCACUCCGGGAUCCUUCAUUGCUGCGACAGCCUGCAAUCAGUACUACAUGUGCUCGGCCAGCAACACCUACCAGCUGAUGACCUGCCCAGCGGGUUACUUCUACGACACCAUCUCGAAGGCCUGCGUGGUGAGGGAGAAUGCGCGGAACAACUGCGACCGCUGUGCCGGCACCACCAUGACCUUCGUGAACGCCUACUCCAGCAGCAACUGCUCCGACUAUCUGUACUGCGUCAAUGGCGUCCAGCGAGCGGUGGAGUCCUGCCCCACUGGCCACUACUUCAACGAGAAUCUGGGUGGAUGCACCACUGGCACGGAGCCGCAGUUCCUCUGCUGCAACCCGAACUUGAGCAGCGGCAUUGCCACCACUCCGGCUCCCUCUGGAAAUUCCACGGACACGGGAUCUUCCUCAGGAAAUUCCACGGACACUUCCUCCGGAACUUCCUCUGGAUCUUCUUCCGGAACUUCCACCGAUACUUCUUCUGGAACUUCCUCCGGAACUUCUUCCGGAACUUCCUCCGGAACUUCCACCGAUACUUCUUCUGGAACUUCCUCCGGAACAUCUUCUGGAACUUCCACCGAUACUUCUUCUGGAACUUCUUCCGGAACUUCCACGGAUACUUCUUCUGGAACCUCUUCCGGAACUUCCACAGAUACUUCUUCCAAGACAGAUACUUCGACCGGAACUUCAGGAAAAUAAUCCAUACGCAUCUUCUUUAUUUUCAAAAAUACUGAAAAAAAAAAAAUAUAUAUAUAAA